AUGAUCUUUAGUGUAGUCAGCGGCUUCCGAAAAUACUUGAACGAAAAAAUGAGCUUUCUUUAUAAAGAAUUUUCUUUCUUUCUUUGUCAUUUCAACACAUUUUAUUGCCUUUCUGUCUUUUAUUUUCAUACUAUUUCGCUUUAUAUCACUUCUUUCUUUAGUUCUUUGUGUCUGCCUGUCUCCCUUCCUGCUUUCUUUUUUCUUUCAUUUUACUGUCUGUCGUUACAUCUUUUAUUUUCAUAUUAUUUCGCAUUAUAUCACUUUUUUCUUUCUCUAUUUAUUACUUUUUUUCUUCCUUCCUUUCUUUCUUUCGGUCUGUCUGUCUAUCGUCUUUAUUUUUUCUCUUUGUCUUUCUGUCAUUCUUCUUUCUUUUAUGUCUUUCUGUCUAUCUGUCUUUCUCUUUUCUUUCUUUCUUUAAUUUCGUCAUUCUUUCCCCUUUUAAAUUUGCAUGCAAUUUCACUUUUAGUUCUUUUAUUAUUUUCUUUUUUAUAUCUUUAUUUUUUUCCCCUUGUUUAUCUUUCAUUCUCAUUUUCGUUUCAUAUGGUAUUCGCUUCUGUGUUUCCCAUUCAUUCUCCUUCUCCUUUUUCUUUCUUCCCUUCUUACCUUCAGUGCACCCGUUUUCCUUCCUUUCGUCGCCGAUUUUCUCCGUGUUUGCUUUUCAAAAGCAGCUAUGGGUAA